AUGAGUGCUGACCCUGAUUACGACGUGGAUACCGAGGAAGAUAUUUCCUUUGGCAUCUCGCUUACCCCAAAAGGAGAAGAAGGGAAUGAAUUCCAUACGCAAAAUGAUCCGCUAGAUCCCUACCAGCGCGAGAACAUCAUUGAACGCAAAGGCGCCGUGGACAUUCGAUGCUCCAGUGUCGACAUUGUUCACGGCCUAUUUGAUCCCGAUGGCGAUGAUCUGUGUACUCUGAUUGUUCUCGACUUUCGAUUUGACCCAAGAAAACGAGCGCGGCGCAUCGCACAUGUCGAUAUUGAGCUGAGGUUUUCCUCCAGUGACAGAGGAGUAGUCGAUCCUCAGGUUUUUGCCAUCGCGCCAAACGGCAACUUGAAAUUCGCUCAGACGACACAGACAGAGACAAAAACUACUGGAGGCGAUGUGACCAUCGGAGCUGGCGCCGCUGGAGUGCAAGUAGGCAGCGGCCUGAAGUAUGAGCGUGAAAUUGCAAGAGAGAUGAGCUACGCUGGGUCCGUCACAGGCUCCAUCGAUUUACGCGGAAGAAACUAUGGCAAGCCAAACUGCGCGUCUUGGACACUGCUGGAGAACCCUGAGACAAAGACUGGUGUGCCUGUCUCCAUGCGAACCGCCAUCCUGCUCAAGAGAAGAGACGAGGGACGUUUCCAGUGCGUGGUGACAGUCAAUGCCAAAGCCGACUGGAGAACGUCUAUGGAAUGGCUCGUCGGCACCACGAAACGUGAUGAUCCGGUACUACUUGACCCGACGCUGGCUCCGACGAGCGAUAGGUACAAGGGCAUGGAGAUGAAGCUUGGGGAACUAGAUCUAAACACUAUCUGCGAUAUCACCUCGGCCAACAUUAUUGAGAACUCUGUUAAGCAAAUUAAGAUAGACAGCACACAGGUUACGCAAAGCUUGAUCCAAAGUGUAUCAGCAUCGUACGCAUCUGCCGAAGUCACCAUGGAACAGGCAGAAUCGUCGCUAUAUGCUAUGGAGACAUCUAGCAAUACCGUGGACAACGAGUCUCCAUCCGCUGACCCAAGUCUCUUGAUCGAUACAACCGAAGGAUUUGAGGCAAGCGAGAGGAAAUUCGAUAUUGUAGCAAUCCACGGCCUCUGUGGCAAGCAAUGGAGUUCAAGCAAGAGCAACACCUGGCUUCGGGACUUAGCGGCCUAUAUGAACUGGGAAGUGCGAAUCAUUCGGUAUGCCUAUGAUGCCGCAAAAUUAGCAGAGGCUCCAUAUCCCGAGGAGGCGAUUUCGUCUGAGGCCUCUACGCUUCUUCAAAAGCUUAGUGAGCUGAGGAGAGACCAGCAACCUCCGUUACCACUAGCCUUAUUCGCUCAUGACAUAGGAGGAAUCAUCGCCAAAAAGGCUUUGAUACUCGCUAGCCGAUAUGACAGUGAACAUAGCGAUAUUAGCUACUCAACAAAACUUCUGAUGUUCUUCGGCUGUCCACACAGGACCCUAGAUACACAUCAAGAUAUCGAGAUUCUUGCUAGCAGGCUUGAAAUGUUGAAACCGGCAGACUCAAUAGUGACUAGGCUUAACAGAAAAUGUCUCGCGAGGUCAAUCAUUGACGUGAACGACUCUUUCCUCAAUACCAGAGUCCUGACACGCGCCAACGUUAUCAAUAUCAUUUCAUCGAAAACAGAUGCCACUGAAAGGGUCUUUGACAAAUACACCGCAGCACUUGGAGUUCCAAUGGAGAAGGUUUCACUCAUUGACAAGUCUCACAAAGAGUUGAUUGAUGAGCCAGAAGCGUAUGCCCCGUACGGGGGCUUUCAAACCAAGAGGAUUUCAUCCUUUCCUUGGCAGGACGAUAAGCUAUCCCAUGUUAUGAGAGCCAUAAUGCACCAGGCACCUCCAAUGUAUCCAUUCAAGUUCAACACAACCCGUGGAUUCGUUUGGAUUUCUGAGCACGAUACCAUGGUUAAAUGGCUGAAGUCUUGGGGCCUUGGUCUUCUGCACAUCCACGGCACGUCUGCUAUAUCUAACGUGGCUCAGCAUGUGUAUGAAGGGAUCAUAGAUCGUGGAAAGAGCUCGACCUUCCGAGCGAUUCUCUACUUCAAAUUCGACAAGCACGAUAUCCGCCGGAAUUCUAUUGGGGCCAUGGCAAACUCCUUCUUGCUCCAGACUCUCAGUCAGAUAAGAGAGUCCCCUAACGAUAGGAUGCCGGACAUAGAACCGCCAGACUUUUCAGAUUGUUGGACUGAUAAAGACGCCUUCUUCUUUUUGGAAAAGCUUAUGAAGGAUAUAACAACCCAUGGCGAAGUUCACUGGAUCAUUGAUGAGCUCGAUCAGUGUGACGACAGCAGUGCUUUGUUCUUGUCGAUGGUCUCUGAUAUGGCCAAGAACUCUGAGCAGCAUUUCAAGAUCUUGGUGACAACCGUUGAUGACAGUCAGAUCCGCGAGGCUCUAUCAGAGUUUCCUUCAAUCGACUUAAGAGAACACCCACCGACAGCUGAAGUUAUGGAGAGCAUUGUGCUCGAAUUUAUGGCUGAGCUGUGCCACGCCCGGCCGCAGUAUCGCCACGUUGAGCAGGAAAUACGACAAUUAUUGGAUUCCUGUAGUGACGAUGACUUGCUGCGCCGCCUCCUACUCGAAUGGCUGCUGGUAGCUCCUUGUGCGUCGACGAAGUCAGCUGUAGAGCGGGAGAUCGCAUUUCUUACACCUCUUUCACCUGUCAAGAUAUUCGAACGAUGCUUGAAUGCAGUUCCUGAAGGCUCGCGUCCAUGGGCUCGAAGAGUCUUGAUGUGGAUGUCACUAUCAUUUCGACCGUUGACUCCUGAAGAACUGGGAAGUGCACUCAGCCUCGAUACCUCAACAGACCCGGUGCCAGAGCAGGAGACAUAUGGUGAUUUAAUGUGGGAUAUUGAAAACUGCUUUGGGCCUAUCAUAACCCGAGAGAAUGGACACGUUCAGUUUCGCCAUCCAACUGUUCGGGACUUCUUGACGACUAUCAGUGACGCUUCCGACCAAGAACGGCCUUGGUACGCUUGGAAUUCUUCGGAAGAAGGCCAUCGAAAUAUCACCGACGCUUGCGUUGGAUAUCUCAACUUACCUUCAACCCAAGACAAGAUUCUAGCAGCUUGCCAAACAUGCCCUGUUGACCAACGAUUAUUCGAAAGCCCGUCAGAUAUUACCUCGUAUGCUGUCGAAUUCUGGCCACUGCACUAUCAGCGAGGUCACUCUUCAGCAUUUCUUAAGCCACAACAUUCCAGCAUCGCCAGCUUCUUCAGCGAUGAUACGGCACUCAAGCGUUGGGAUGCAGCCAGAUGGUACCUUUCAAAUCCUCACAUCAGAUCGGACUGGCUUUCUUUCUCGCAUCUUCCAGUAAUUGCAUCUAUAGGUGACGAAAGCUCGGUUCAAACCUGGAUUCAGUCUCAAGAACCUGACGGACGCGAUAUUUCCCUGGCACUUAUCGAGGCAUCGAGAUUCGGACAUAGCGAUGUUGUCAAGUUUCUUCUCCAGAAGUCAAGCACAAAUGCAGAUGUCUGUCUCGAAGCUAUAAUGGUCGCAGCACGAUCGGCAGAACUGGAAACUCUGCGCAUCCUGUUGGCGCAUGUCAUUGGAAUUCUGCACAUAACCCAGUGGCCUGGCAGUCUUACCUCGAGGUUUGCCUAUCUCGGUUUCGUCGAGCACUUAACGUUCAUCUUACAAGCUGGAGCGGACGCGAACUCGUCUGACCCUGAUUUCUCGCCACCUCUCCACUGCGCCAUCGUCAGAGACGAGACUGCAGCUUUUGACACCCUCAUAGAGCAUGGAGCUGACCCCGCUGCAAUCAAAUCCAACUGGGUAGACACGCCGCCCAUAGUGGUAGCUGGCAAGUAUGGCCGAGCGAAGAUCAUCGACAGGCUGGCCAAAGCAGCACUCAUCGAUGCACAGGAUAAUAAGGGCAGGAACGCUCUAUGGUAUGCGGGAGGUAGAGGUCAUCACGCGGUGUUUCAGGCACUCGUCAAGGCUGGGGCGAACACAGAAACCCUCACUGCAUGGGUGAGGGAUCUUCGACCUGCCCUGAUUCCCAUCGCAGGGCUUCCCUACCCAAAGUGCCUCAAGUCAGUACUUGAUGCUGGCGUGGAUAUCAAUGCAAAGUUGAGAGAAGCUCACUCAUUCCAUGCCUUGGGCAUAGCAGCACGAGCUGGUCACGUCGAAAUUUGCCGUAUGCUGCUUGACCACGGCACGUGUAAAGAGUUCGAUGACGAUUCUGCCCUUAUCCAUGCUACAAGAGCGAAUAACAUUGAGAUUGUGAAUAUGCUACUGGAGGAGGGUUACAAAGUCGAUGUGCAGCUGGACGAUUCCCCUUAUCACGGUACACCUCUCGUGGCGGCUGCUAGAGCAGGCUAUCAUGACAUAGUCACAGUCCUCCUGGAGAAAGGAGCCAGUGUCAACUACUCUGCUCCCAGAAAGAUCACGCCUUUGAUGUCCGCUGUCCUGGCAAGUCAGGCUACAAUAACCAAGAAGUUCAUUGAUGCUGGAGCGGAUAUGGAUGUUGUUGGGGGAGCUACCUAUAAUUGGAGCGCAACACACUUUGCUUACAAUAGGCUAGACUGCAUGAAGGUUCUUGUGGACGCUGGGGCUGAUAUCAAUUCGAUUGGACCCGAUGGCUCGCCGUUCUAUCUCGCUGCGUAUUUUAACUCGACAAAGGUGGUUGAGCUGCUCCUUGAACACAAACCAGACCUUGAGACCAGGUGCCCAGAGGGAGACUUUACGGAUGCAGGCUAUACGGCACUUCAUUGUGCAGCAUAUUACGGAUAUAAUGAAUUGCUUCGGCUAUUGUUGGAAGCGGGUGCAGAUAUUGAGGCGAAAACACUAAAAGAUGGAACGCCUCUGAUCCUAGCCGUGGCUACCAAUAAUGAAGAGAGUGUCAAGAUCCUGCUGGAGUACAAGCUGGACAUAGACGCUGUCGAUGUAUUCGGAGGCACUGCAAUUUUUUGUCUUCCCAAUCCUGCAAAUUUAUCAGUCGUCAGACGCCUGAUAAACCGCGGUGCCAAUCUGACACUCCGGAACAAGGAAAAGUAUACCCCCCUAGGACGAGCCGUAGUGAACGGAGACCUCCCAUUGGCAAUAAUGCUCUCUUCUGAGAAGAUCGACUUGAACGCGGAGGCUGCUGAGAAUGGGACAGCUCUGCACAUCGCAACAGAGGAGUGCAAUAUUGACAUGGUCAAAGUGCUUACUGAGAAGGGCGCGAGCCCUGAUAUCGCCAAUUCCUGGAUGUACGGCUCGGCUCUACAAAGAUUGUUUGAGAAAUACGAUACUUCUACAGAGAACAAGGAUGUAAUUGCUCGGUAUCUAAUUAAUGACGCUGGCGCCGACGUCAAUGUUCAUGGUGGUAACUUGGGAUCAGUCCUGAACGCCGCAAUCCUGAGUGGCUCCCUAGACACGAUCAAGUUCAUUCUCGAGAAAGGUGCUGAUAUUGAUUGGCGAGACCUCCAGGGGCGGCGACCGAUACACUAUGCAGCUUUGAAGAGUGCUGAGCACUUCAGACUACUGCUCGAGGCAAGUGGCGAUGAUGAAGAGCGUCUUGGCAUCACUACCAAGACCAAGUAUGGCAUGACAGUGCUUCAUCUUGCUGUAGCAACGGGAAGAUCUGAUCUUGUCGAGUUGGUGCUCUCCCAUACAAGCGGGACGAUAUCUAUUGACGAGCCUGACGAUGAUGGCUGGACGCCUCUGCUCUGGGCAUGUCGCUUCUGUGAGGAGUGGGGCACGCCCAAAGAAAUCAGUCCUGAGAUCGUGAAGCUUCUCCUAGAUCGUGGAGCAGACCCGUCAGUUCGAGGUCGGACCUCAGAUGAUAGAGAAUGGUCGCCACUCAAGAUGGCCAGAUUCCAUGGCGCAUCACAAGAAGUGAUAGAUUUGUUGACGGCAAGCCCUAGUAAGAGAAAGGAGGACGACUGGAAGUCCAAGUUCCAUGUUUCCAAGAAGGCAGCGCGAACUACAUGGUAUUGCGACUUGUGCCUUUUUCACGUCUAUGGCACCGUGUACUACUGUGAGGUCUGCGGGCUCUCGUAUGGGUUGUGUUUCAAGUGCUAUCGUUAUAGAGAGGAAUUCCAUCCGUAUCACGAUAAGUGGGAAGAGCGAGGUCCAGAAUUUGUUGACGAUGAUGAAGAGGAGGGAGAGGAGAAGGAGGAAGAAGAAGAGGGCGAACCAAGGAGUUCACCAGGUAUUGAGCAGGUCCAGGAUGAUGAUUCCGAGGGAGACUGGUCGAAUGAUGAAGCUGAGGGAGAGGGCAUCGACUUGGGUGCUGAAGCAGCAUUACUUUUUGAUGAAUGCCCCCCAGAAAAUGCAACCAUUCUGGCAACAGAGCAUCUUCAUCUCAAGAUGACCAGCCCUCGAAGAGCAAGGAAAGGUCUAACCUAUGCUUAG